CUAGUAACGCUUUUAUUCUGGAAAAUCCAAACCGGAAACAGUGACGUUAUCCACGCUGCAAACUAAGCGCGAGGGAAAUUCAGUUGGACGAAAAUUAGUGUAGCAGAAAAGUACUUAAAUUGUGUCAUUUUUAUUUUGUGGCGCGUUAAAAUAUAAGUUUGUGGAAAGAUAAAUCGAAUGACGCUUUUGUCUGCGCUAAAAAAUUGUUAAUAUCAGUAUAUAGUUAGGCGCGUGUUAUUGUUUUGUUCUGCGGUUCACGGUGCGGAGGCUAACGCUAGCCGACUAGUGCUAUGUUGUUUACAUGACGAAAAGUUUAAAAAUAGAAGCUUCCACGUUUUAACAGAAGCAGAAUAAAAGGGAAAACAUAUUUAUUAAUUUACUGACAAGUUAAAGAGACCGGAGAAAGUAUUGUAGUGCGGUUCACAGCCGUCGAGGAUGUCAGUUGGUCGAAGAAGUCAUGACGGAAACACCAACGUUUCAGGCAGCGACACUGACGACGAAACUAAGCUUCAUCUCACUCAGUUUUAUCCUUACAUCCGCUGUACUGUUUGCUGCGGCUUCUUCAUCGAUGCCACCACAAUCACAGAGUGCCUGCACACAUUUUGCAAAAGCUGCAUCGUGAAGCACUUCUUCUCCAGCAACAGAUGUCCGACAUGCAGCAUCGUUGUGCACGAGACGCAGCCUCUUUACAACAUCAGGCCAGACAGACAACUUCAGGACAUUGUAUAUAAAAUGGUUCCUUUCCUGGAAGAACUUGAAAGAGAAAAAAUGUGCAAUUUCUACAAAGAGAGGGGGCUCGCCGUGCCAAAACCAGUGGCUGUUUCACCUCAAGGUCCCAUUGUGCUGAAGAAAAGGAAAGAUGGCUUUCCCAGAGCUGUGUUCACCAUCCCCCCUGAGCUGAAUAUUUAUCUGCUCUUGGAGUUUGUUGGGGCUGAAAAUGGGAUCUCUGACUUUAAGCCUCUAGAAAGGCCGUACAUCUGCGUGUCGGGUGAAGCCACCAUCCGACACGUGGAGCUGUUCAUCCGGAGGAAGAUGGAGCUCAGCCCCAAGUGUCAGGUGGAUCUGGUUUGUGGAGAUCACCUCCUAGAUCAUCACCAGUCACUCAAAGACAUUAAGAAGUUUGUGGGUAAUGAAGCACUACAGGACGGUCUACUGGUGCUUCACUUCGGUUUGGUCCUCCCCUGCCAGACCUGAGCAGGAAACUCGACCCAGAUCUUCACAGUUUCACCGGGUCAACGGUUCAGAUUCACUGCUUUUCUGAAUCCACUGAGGACGAUUAACAACCUGCAGCGUCAAGCUCGAGUAUUUUUCCUUUUUUCUUGGACUUUGGUUGAAUCUUGGAGACGCUGUUCCAACAGAUCGGACCUCCAAACCGGUUCUGGAUCAAAUAAAGCAGUCAAGUCGAACUCACGCAUCCAUCUGCGUUUACCAAUAUUUAACCAAUAUUUGAGAAGGGUAUGUACAUUUUUGAAUCUGUAUGUUUGAUUUCGACUUGGUGUGAGUAAGAGAAAACUUUUUUCUUUAA